AUGGCCCCUCUCAACCUCGAGAAGCGCGGCAAGGUCGCCGCCAGCGAACCCUAUUACGACCUCGGUAAACAUUCGAUGCCAACCAGCACCAAAAGCCAGGAUGCCCAAACAUGGUUCGACAGAGGCCUUAUCUGGGUCUACUCUUUCAAUCACAACGAAGCCGCAGCUUGCUUCGCCCAAGCCACGCUGCAUGACCAAGAUUUCGCCCUAGCCCAUUGGGGAGUGGCGUUCUCGUCGGGCCCCAACUACAACAAGGUCUGGCAGGCUUUCGACCAUGUCGAUCUCCAAGAAUCGCUCCGCAAGUGUUACGACUACUCGCGCAAGGCUAAGGAGCUUUCUUCAAGCGCAACUGCGGUGGAACAGGCCCUCAUCGAAGCGCUACAACAUCGCUUUCCCAGCAGAGAUGAGAUUCCAGCUUCAUUUACCCCCUCGGUCCAAGCUUAUGCCGACGCUAUGCGGAAUGUCUACAAGCGUUUUGGAACGGACGACCUGGAUAUCAUCACCCUCUCAGCGGAUGCGUUGAUGAAUACGGCUCCAUGGGGUCUUUACGAGGCCCGCACUGGCAAACCGAAUCUUGCGACCCCGGUCUUGGAAGUGUCGGAGAUUCUCGAAAAUGGGUUGGCAAAGCCUGAGGCAAAGUACCACCCAGGAAUCCUGCACAUGUACAUCCACCUCGUGGAGAUGUCCAAGACGCCAGAAAGAGCCACCAAAGCCGCCGACUACCUGCGAGAUCUCGUCCCAGAAGGAGGCCACAUGUGUCAUAUGCCAAGCCAUAUUGACGUUCUUAUCGGAGACUAUCGCCGUGCCCUUCAUUCGAAUUUGAAAGCAUCGAUUGCCGAUGACAAGUACUACGCGAUCAACGGUGGUAACAACUUUUACUCGUUUUACCGCAUGCACAACUACCAUUCUUUGAUAUAUGCUGCAAUGCUGGCUGGGCAGUCCGAGGCAGCCUUGGAAGCAGUAUCAAGAAUGGAGGCAACAAUCACGGACGAGAUGCUCCUAAUGAAGUCUCCGCCAAUGGUGGACUGGCUGGAAUUCUUCAAAUCAGUUCGCGUUCAUGCUCUUAUUCGCUUCGGAAAAUGGGAGGAACUCAAAGCGUUGCCGAUUUCCAACCAAAAGGACCUGCACUGCGUCACCAUUGCAAUGACGUUCUACGGAAAGGGCGUUGCUUAUGCCGCAACGGGUGACAUCGACAACGCCAUUCGCCAGAGAGACCUGUUCCGGGAAGCGGCGGAGCGAGUCCCGCCAACUCGACUGAUCUUCCCAAACAAGGUGGUGAAGCUUCUCAAGAUUGCCUCAGCCAUGCUGGAUGGCGAGCUCGAGUACAGACGAGGAAACUUUGACGUGGCAUUCAAGAGCUUGCGUCUCGCUAUUGAGCUCGACGAUGCCUUGAUCUAUGCAGAGCCCUGGGCGUGGAUGAUGCCAACCCGCCAUCCUUAUGCAGCGCUUCUCCUUGAGCAAGGUCGUGUUGAGGAAGCGGCGGCGGUGUACGCGGAGGAUCUUGGGCUGAAUGAAAACCUGGCCGGAGCGCACCAGCAUCCGAACAAUGUCUGGGCUCUCCACGGCUACCAUGAGUGCCUUCUCCGUCUGGGACGAAAGGCUGAGGCCAGCCUCAUCAAGAAGCAAUUGGCAGUUGCGGAGGCUGGUGCUGAUAUUGUGAUCAGCUCGUCAUGCUUUUGUCGCUUGCGUACUGCGAAUACCGACGAGGUACCAUCCAGAUGCUGCAUUUAG